GCGGAAGUGCUCUGGCCCUGCCUGGCUUCCGUACUAUUGAGGUGGCCUCAGCUCUUCCACGUCACCGAGCGAGCGAUCCUCUGACACCCGGCCGAGAGCAGGGCCAGAAACCUGCCGGAAACCAAGCACCGUCUGGAGACCCCAGCCAGUGGCAGCCAUGACAGCCGCUGAGAAUGUCUGUUAUACCCUCAUCAAUGUCUCCAUGGACUCGGAGCCUCCAUCGGAGAUCACCCUGAAAACUGACCUGGAGAAGGGGGAUGUGAAAUCGAAGACUGAGGCUUUGAAGAAAGUGAUCAUCAUGAUCCUGAAUGGGGAGAAGCUGCCGGGACUCCUCAUGACCAUCAUUCGCUUCGUGUUACCCCUUCAGGACCACACCAUCAAGAAACUUCUCCUCGUCUUCUGGGAGAUCGUUCCCAAAACCACUCCGGACGGGAAGCUGCUGCAGGAGAUGAUUCUUGUGUGUGAUGCCUACAGGAAGGAUCUCCAACAUCCCAAUGAGUUCAUCCGGGGCUCCACCCUGCGCUUCCUGUGUAAGCUGAAGGAGGCCGAGCUGCUGGAGCCGCUAAUGCCCGCGAUCCGAGCGUGUUUGGAACACCGGCACAGUUACGUCAGGAGGAAUGCGGUGCUUGCCAUAUACACUAUAUACAGAAACUUUGAACAUCUCAUCCCGGACGCCCCAGAACUCAUCCAUGACUUCCUGGUGAAUGAGAAAGACGCAAGCUGCAAGAGAAACGCUUUCAUGAUGCUGAUCCACGCUGACCAGGACCGGGCUCUGGAUUAUCUCAGCACCUGCAUUGAUCAGGUUCACACGUUCGGGGACAUCUUACAGCUGGUGAUUGUGGAGCUGAUCUACAAGGUGUGUCACGCCAACCCCUCAGAGAGAGCCAGGUUCAUCCGCUGUAUCUACAACCUCCUGCAGUCAUCCAGCCCGGCCGUGAAAUACGAGGCAGCUGGGACACUGGUGACACUGUCCAGCGCACCAACCGCCGUCAAGGCUGCAGCCCAGUGCUACAUUGACCUGAUCAUUAAGGAGAGCGACAACAAUGUAAAGCUGAUUGUGCUGGAUCGUUUGGUGGAGCUGAAAGACCACCCAUCCCACGAGCGUGUUCUGCAGGAUCUGGUCAUGGAUAUCCUGAGAGUCCUCACCACCCCGGACCUGGAGGUGCGCAAGAAAACCCUUCAGCUGGCACUGGACUUAGUGUCCUCGAGGAAUGUGGAAGAGUUGGUGAUUGUCCUGAAGAAAGAAGUAAUAAAGACUAACAACGUGACAGAGCACGAAGACACAGAUAAGUACAGACAGCUCCUGGUCCGCACCCUCCAUUCCUGCAGUGUCCGCUUCCCGGAUAUGGCCGCCAACGUCAUUCCUGUGCUGAUGGAAUUCCUGAGCGACAGCAAUGAGGCAGCCGCCGCAGAUGUCCUGGAGUUUGUGCGAGAAGCCGUUCAGAGAUUUGAUCACCUGCGGACGCUGAUUGUGGAGAAGAUGCUGGACGUUUUCCACGCCAUUAAGUCCGUCAAGAUUUACCGGGGGGCGCUCUGGAUUCUAGGAGAAUACUGCAGCACCAAAGACGACAUUCAGAGCGUGAUGACGGAAGUGCGGCGGUCUCUCGGAGAGAUCCCAAUUGUAGAGACGGAGCUUAAGAAGGAGUCUGGGGAAACGAAGGCGGAGGAGGAAGUUACUGUUGGCCCAGCCCAGAAACUGGUGACAGAAAUGGGCACCUAUGCCACUCAGAGUGCCCUCAGCAGCUCCCGGACCACAAAGAAAGAGGAGGAAAGGCCGCCCCUUAGAGGAUUUCUGCUGGACGGGGACUUCUUUGUGGCUGCCUCUCUCGCCACCACGCUGACCAAGAUCGCACUGCGAUACGUGGCUUUGGUUCAGGAGAAGAAGAAACAGAAUUCCUUUGUCGCCGAAGCGAUGCUUUUGAUGGCCACCAUCAUCCACCUGGGCAAGUCCUCUCUCCCCAAGAAGCCCAUCACCGAUGAUGAUGUGGACAGGAUCUCAUUGUGUCUGAAGGUUCUCUCGGAAUGUUCUCCUCUGAUGAACGAGAUCUUUAAUAAGGAGUGCCGCCUGUCGUUGUCCCACAUGCUCUCCGCCAAGCUGGAGGAGGAGAAGCUCUCGCAGAAGAAGGAAUCCGAGAAGCGGAAUGUGAUGGUCCAGCCAGAUGACCCCGUCUCCUUCAUGCAGCUGACGGCUAAGAGCGAGAUGGCGUCGAAGGAAGAUCAGUUCCAGCUGAGUUUACUGGCCGCAAUGGGAACCACGCUGAGGAAGGAGGCCGCAGAUCCUCUGGCAUCCAAACUAAAUAAAGUGACUCAGCUGACGGGGUUCUCCGAUCCGGUAUACGCAGAAGCCUACGUACACGUCAACCAGUACGACAUAGUCCUGGAUGUCUUAGUGGUAAAUCAGACCAGCGACACCCUGCAGAACUGCACGCUGGAACUCGCCACACUGGGUGACCUGAAGCUUGUAGAAAAGCCGUCGCCUCUCACCCUCGCGCCGCACGAUUUUGCAAACAUCAAAGCUAAUGUGAAAGUUGCUUCUACAGAGAACGGGAUCAUUUUUGGUAACAUAGUGUAUGAUGUGUCCGGUGCGGCCAGCGACAGGAACUGCGUGGUCCUCAGCGACAUCCACAUUGAUAUCAUGGAUUACAUCCAGCCCGCGGCCUGCACAGACACAGAGUUCAGGCAGAUGUGGGCAGAGUUUGAGUGGGAGAACAAGGUCACGGUCAACACCAACAUCAUAAAUCUGAACGAAUAUCUCCAGCACAUCCUGAAGUCCACAAACAUGAAGUGUCUGACGCCGGAGAAGGCACUGUCUGGUUACUGCGGGUUUAUGGCAGCCAAUCUCUACGCCCGUUCCAUAUUUGGUGAGGAUGCGCUAGCCAAUGUUAGCAUUGAGAAGCCAGUUCACCUCGGACCAGAUGCCCCAGUGACUGGGCACAUACGAAUCAGAGCCAAGAGCCAGGGGAUGGCGCUGAGUCUGGGAGAUAAGAUAAAUCUGUCUCAGAAGAAAUCGAGUGUAUAGACGAAGGUCCUACCCCUCCCCGGGCAGCUUGUCAUCAGAACCUGGACCCCCCCCCCCCCCAUGUUGUGCUGUCCUUCUCCUCCUCCAACCCAGAGACCCAUCUUUAUAUAUUUCAUUUUAUCUUCUAUCAGUACUGUUCACUAACACACCUGAGGCUCUUAAUGAAGUGAUUGCACGUCUGUGCUUCCCGACCAGUGAUAUCAACAAUAAAAGUGUCUUUUCAUUA